AUGGUGGGAAGUAAAUUGGCUUAUUAUGGAAGUUUAACGGGUUGCGAUUGUGUGGAUGGAUGUGGUGACGGAUGCUUCUGUGCUAUAAAAAAUGGGGGCGACUUUCCUUAUAGUCUCCAGGGGCUUCUCCUGAAAGGGAAGCCUUUGAUUUCUGAAUGUGGCCCUUCUUGUCCUUGUCCUCUGCAUUGUCGGAAUCGUCUUACACAGAGAGGGCUGAAAAAUAGGUUCGAAGUGUUUAGGUCUCAGCUAAAUAGUUGGGGAGUCAGGUCCUUGGACCUUAUUCAAGCUGGUUCUUUUAUCUGCGAGUAUACUGGGGUUGUUUUGAAUCAAAUGCAAGAGCAAAUCUUGAUAAUGAACAGUGACCAGGUGAUAUAUCCUAAUCGGUUCUCUGAAAGUUGGGCAGGAUGGGGGGAUUUGUCUCCGAUAUACCCAGAUUAUGUGCGUCCAUCAUAUCCACCGGUACCUCUUCUCGAUGUGUCAAUUAUGAAGAACUUGCUUGCUCUGUCAGCCUAG